AUGACAACGUUACCGUGGAUUAAAUAUGAUAAUGGACCCUUGUCUGGUAGUGGAAAUCUUACUGAUUUACCAGCGAAUUGUUUUCCUGUACGAAAUCUUUUACGUAGUUCAUCAUCAAAUCAGCAAUGGGUUGUAGCAUUACGUGAUACAGAACAACGACGUUUUGCUGCUAUACUUACAACACUUUCAACACCAACACCAUUUGAAACUGAAAUUGCUCAAAGAGAAACAAAGAAGAAACAACGAUGGUCAGGAAAAGAAAAAAUAGUUGAACAUUUAUUAGAUGGAUUUUUUAUUAUGCAUCAUUGUGCUAUUGAAGAUCCAUCGAAUGUUGUCAUUUUAAAUGUUAAUGGAUUAGACUUACAAGAAAUUAAAGAAGAAGAUUUUUUAUUAUUUGAUAAUGUUUUACGUAUUGAUGCAAAUGAAAAUCAAUUACCAUUUCAUGGUUUUAAAACAUUUCCACAAUUAACUCAACUUGAUUUAUCAUUUAAUCAAAUUAAAAAUAUUAAACUUAAUGUUAAUGAUUAUGAAACACUUGAAGAAUUAAAUCUUUCAUAUAAUAAUUUAACAAUGCAUGAUAUUGAAACAUUAGGAAUUUUACCAUCAUUACGUAUACUUCGUGCAAGUGGAAACGAUCUUGUUGGAUUAUCACGUCGAUUAGCUAAACCUUUUGUACAUACUGAUAUACAUGGAAAAGAAUAUGUGAAAGAACGUUUUCCUCGACUUGAAGAAUUAUAUCUUGAUCAUAAUAAACUUGUUGAAGAUGAGCUUUUCAUUCAUUUAUCAUGUUUAAAAAAUCUUAAACGUCUUCAUAUACAACAUAAUCAAAUUCGUACAAUUCCAUUUUUAAAAGUUCUACAAGGUCGUCAAGUUGUUCAAGAAUAUUCAAAAACAGCCAUGAAACGAAAACAAAUUACUAAUCCUCCGAUGAAUUAUUUUCAACAUGGUCUCAAUUCAGCUGGUGAUGAAUUGAUAAAGAGUACAAUAUUCGAAGAAGAUGAAGAAAAUCCUACAAAUAAUCAAACUAAAAAUAUUGUCACAGAAGAUGAAGAUAUUGCUUUACCAGCUUUUCCUGAAUUACAAUAUCUUGAUAUAAGUUCUAAUUUGAUUGAAGAAGAAGACGAUGUGAUGGCAGUUGCAUCAUGGCCUAGUUUAACUGAAAUUAUUCUUGCUGAUAAUCCACUUGUUCAACGUCAUGUUGGUUUUCCACCUUUAAUUGAAAGUUUUCUAAUGGAUCGACUGGGAAUGAAAGUUCAUCGAGUAAAUCCAUCUUUAAAAUCUGAAAAACAGUUUUAUGCUAAGCCGAUCAAAAAACAUCGUCAAGUUACAAGUCGUAUAGCUAAAGUUCCAAAAGUACCUAUUGAUCAAUUAAUUUCGGGUGCUGUUAAACAAUAUAUUGAUUAUGUUAAAAAUGAUACUGAUGUUCAAUCCGAUCAACAAUUACUUCCAUUAUUAACUGGUACAAGUGAACAAAAUUCUUCAUCAGAUGAAGAUAAAUAUAAAACAAUUGAUACAACUUUAAAUGAAGAAGAAAAUAAAUUUAAUAGUAAUUCAACAACUGUAGGUCAAAGUCCAAAUCAACAAACAGAAAAUAUAUUUAUGACUGAAUUUGAACAUGAUGAUAUUUAUCAAAAUGUCAUUCAAAUAGAAAGGCCACAUCCACCUGAACCCUCAGGUCCAUUACAGCCUUCAAUGUUGCCUGAUGAAAAAUUUAAAGGUUUUGAAGUGUUUCUCGAUAUUGAAAAUGAAGAAGAUAUUACCGUUCCAAAAAAUGUUAUUCAUUGUGUACGUGAUUUAAAACAAAUUUUACGUAAUCCAUUAGUUAUUAGACAUGAUAAUGUUCAAGUCACUCGUCGUCAACGUACGUUUAUACCAAAAAGAAUGGAACGUACUUUACCACCGGUCAAAUUACCGAAUAGACCUAAAGUUGAAGAAAUUAAUAAAUUAUUAGAUAUAAUACGUGAUCGAGAAACAAUUAUUGAUCAGCCACUUGAUAAAGUAUUAAAUAAUAAAAAAGAUAAAAUAAAUCAAAGACGUGCAAAAUCACUUGUUACUCAAAUUCAACAUCAUUAUGAACAAGUGCGAGGUAUAUCAUUACGUAAUGUUCGUACUCCGGGUACCAUAUUAGAUACAGCUAUUGAAAGAUUACAAAAAUUUGAUACGAAUAUUUCGAUAAACAAAGAAUCAUUGCCUUCUCGUUUACCAACUGCCUAA